AUGACCGUCAACGCCUUUUUCGAAGACGCAAUUCGUGUCACGCCGCAAGGCAACAAUACAUACAGGGCUAAUCUCCGACGGGAGUGGUGCAUUGGAACAGUUCCUCAUGGCGGUUACACCACUGCACUCAUAUACAAAUUAGCGGUCACUCAUUUCGAAUACGCCCAUCCUAAGCUGUACCCCACCCCCGCCACUCCCAUCUCUAUCCAACUUUCAUUCUUACGGCGCACAGCCGUCGGUCCCAUAACCCUAGAAGUGGAAGAUGUAAAGCUAGGCGCUCGUACCAGCACAAUCCACAUAAAGCUACUCCAAUCCUCGGAGAAGCAAAAGGAUCUUCUAGAGGUGAAGGUAGCGGGGUAUAUGACCGUGAGUCCUGCCUCAGCGGAAGUGGGAUUGAGCGCGCAAACAAGAUGGCAGCCAUACCCGAAGCCCGCGGCUGGAUCGUUGGCAGAUAGCGGUGUCGAUCUAGACAAGUUAGCUCGUACAGGCGAAGACGGGUUAUGGCGACGAAUGAGUUCGCGGUAUCCUAAUUUCCGACUUGCAGAGGGCCAAUUCGAGAUGUAUGGACCUGGAUCCGGGCUUGAACAGCAUCAACGGAAUGGGAUGAUGGCAAUUGAUCAGUGGAUGAGGUUUCGACCGGGUGGAGAUCAGAAUGGGAGGUGGACUGAUGCGGCGGUGGUUUAUCUUCUUGAUAUGUUUCCCAUGGCGCUUGAUGGAUUGGAUACUGCGGCCGUGGAAGCUGCGGAGGCGAAUGGGGAUGGUAGUAAGGCGAAGUCUUGGUAUCCGACUGUGACACUGAGUCUUGAUUUGAAGAAACGCUUGCCUCCUGGAGGGGUGGAGUGGCUUUAUUCUCGGAUUGACACAAAGGUGGUGAGCAAUGGACGGACGGACCUGAACGUUACGAUUUUGGAUAAAGAUGGAGAGGUUGUUGCGAUGGGGUCACAGGUUGGUCUGGUGGUCAGCGCAAGUCGGAAUUUUGGGAAUCGGAAGGCCGUGACAAAGUUGUAA